GCCAACUGUUUCAUCCUUUCUCCGCAGCCUCACUCAUCCUCACCAGUCACACGACCAUUCGCAAUAAGCCAUGAGGCCGAAUCAGGCGGAUCAGGGAGCCAUGUGCUCCUUAUUCUGAUCGCUGACUGAUCCAACGGCAGCGUCACCCAGAACGCUUCGUCGCAAUUUGAGAGAAGUGCAUCGACAAACUGCUUUUCUUGGGGUUUUUUCUGGAAUCAAAUCACUGUGCGUACAAUCUAAGUCGACCCGCUAGAAACUUCCUGAAAGGACUGGGCAAUUUGUCGUUGUAGUCACAUGUUCUCUCAUGUAACCCGAAAUUCCGGCAUCCGCGGAAAUGUGGGCAGAUGGCGGUCCAACGCGCCAGCGAAGACGGGGCCGUUGGGAAGCCGCGGCUCGACGACGCGAUCCGAGCACAAAAGAGACUGCAGCCGGCAUCUCGUAGUUAUCUUAGCCGUUACCAAUCUCGCGUUGCUGUUCCUCCACCCACUAUUAACAUUUAGAUCGCCAGGUCCAGGAAUUAGUGACACGGAUGAUCAGGAUCCCUUCUCGAGAGCUGCUGCUGACGUGGCAUGGCGGUCUAGGCGGAAAAGAGGCGGCUUGUGGAGCGCGGCUAAGCAACGAUGGCGACGAGAAGACGGCAUUCAGGCAGAGAACGUCGCAAAGCUUCUAAACGAGGAUGCGGAGCGGUUCUCUCUGCCAAUCAAGCGGCGCCACGUCAGCACAGGCCACGGGCUGCAGGGCUUCGUGCUGUACAGCAGCUACCGGCUGAACCUGUCGUCCUUCGUGGUGCUCGGCCUCUCCCCCAUGGCGCUGCACUCGCUGCCACGUGCCAACUCGUGCAGAUGGGAGCCGACGCUGCCCGCAUCGCAUUCCACUCAUGGUACACGUGGCAAUCAUGAUACACGUGGCAAUCACGGUACCCGUGGUGUCUCUCGGCACCUGUUGCAGGUUAAGGGGAGUGGUAAAGGGGGAGGACAGGAGGCGGUUAAGGAGAAGAAGGAUGCGGAAAAGGAGGCUGAAAUGAGGGCGACGGAGCAGCAGAAAGCACAGGGAAAGAAAGGCCGCGAGGCAGGCGGGGGCAGUGGGCGGGGAAAUCGAGGAGAGAAGGAAGGAGGGAAGGUAGGCGGGGAGAGGAGGGAGGAGGAGAAGGCAGGCGGAAGAGCCAAAAGAGGGAGUGCCGGUGUGCCUGCGAAGGGUGGUGUGCCUGCAAAGGGUGGUAGGGCUUCUAUUGGCGUACCUGAGAAGGGUGGUAAGGCUUCUCUUGGCGUACCUGAGAAGGGUGGUAAGGCUUCUCUUGGCGUACCUGAGAAGGGUGGUAAGCUUUUGAAGGAAGCCACAGGCAAGGGAGGUGGGGGAGUGGAGGGUCGGGGAGAGGGAGGGAGUAAGACAAUGCAAGGGGGUAGCAACAAACAGCCUCAAAUGGCUCCGAAGACAGCAGCAGCAGCUAAAGCAAGUAGUGCAGCAGCAGCCAAAGCAAGUAAUGCAGCAGCAGCAGCAGCAAAAGGUACAGGUGGAGAACGAGUAGCAGGAGCAGCAGCAGGAGCAGCAGCAGGAGCAGCAGCAGGAGCAGCAGCCGGAGCAGCAGCCGGAGCAGCAGCCGGAGCAGCAGCCGGAGCAGGAGCAGCAGGAGCAGCAGCAGGAGCAGGAGCAGGAGCAGCAGCCGGAGCAGCAGCCGGAGCAGCAGCCGGAGCAGGAGCAGCAGGAGCAGCAGCAGGAGCAGCAGCCGGAGCAGCAGCAGGAGCAGGAGCAGCAGCCGGAGCAGGAGCAGCAGGAGCAGGAGCAACUGGGGCGGAAGGGGAAAGACGAGGAGGAGGAGGAACGUCAGGGGCCAAGCAUCCCCCAGGGUCAAUACAGGGCACAGUUGCUGUGCACUACCCCGGGGAGGGCUUUAAGAUGCGGUACGAGGCGGUGAUCUUCCAGUGCACACUAAAGGAGGCCACGGGGCCGAUAUCCGGCGGCCGGCUGGUGAUGGCGGUGGAUGGGCGGGAGGCGGUGGUGAUGGUGGAGGAGCCGGGGCACGACCUGCCGCAUGCCAUGCGCACGCACGACUUCCCCCACGCCCUCACACACUGCUCCUCGCCGCUAUACGAGCCGACGCACGCCGACCGCGUGCGGCAGUGGGUGGAUUUCCACGGCACUGUUCACCGCGUGGACCUCUUCCUGCUCUACGACGCUGGGGGGGUGGAUACUGCCUUGAGACACGCCCUGCACUCGCUGCUGGAGGGCGGCACAGUGCAGAUCGUGGAUCUCAGAGAGGCCGCCCGGUUUGAGAGCUACCACCAUGCACAGCUCCUGGCGAUGAAUGACUGCAUCUUCCGCACGCGCCACCUCUCCAAGUGGACGCUCUUCCUUGACUUCGACCAGUACAUGUCCAUCCCGCACCCCUUGACCACCAAACACUACCCCACCACCACCACCACCACCACCACCAGCGGCAGCAGUAUCCCCACAUAUGGCACCACGUCCUCUUCUUCCUCCACCACUCUCACAGCCACAGAUGCUGCUGCCGCAGAUACCACCCUCCCCAGAGGGCUCCUGGCAGACCCCAGCAGCAGCAAGGCGCUUUCGCUACUAGCAUUCCUUGAUGGGAAAGGGCAGGGGCAGGGGCAGGGGCAGGGGCAGGGGCAGGGGCAGGGCGAGGAGGGGUGGACGUGGGUGAGCUUCGGCUGCUUUGUCUUCUCUGUGGAUCGCUGCGCUCCCUUGCCCGAUAUCAGUGAAGGGGACGAGUGGGCGGUGGAGCGGAUGGUGUAUCGGGACCCGGAGCCCUACUGCCGGGAGAACAGCAGCUACAGCGACAAGACCGUGUGCCAAAAGGCCGAUGGGCUCCGCAAGUUUGCUAGCAACCCUCGCAAAACCCUCGUGAUUCAAAGCAACCGAGUACUAAAUGCGGAGCCUGGAGGGUACAUUGCACCGACAGGAAGUGUUCGCAUAAACUACUUCCGGGGGAUUGUUGAACAGGAGCGGAGCACUUGCGAGUUUUCCUUGCUGAAUGAUGCUAAUGGCCAUGCCAAUUUGACUCAAGAUUACUCCAUUUUGAAUCUAGCCAUUGCAGCUCGAUCAAAACUCGCUGCAAACAGCAUUGUUUUAACGUAAUAUGAUUAUUUGUUUUGUGCAGA